UUGAGAACGCGAACAAGUUCGGUGUUCCGGUCGUGGUUUGCGUCAACAAAUUUGCUACUGACACAGAUCGUGAGCUGGAGAUGGUUAUACAGAAGGCGCCUCUGUGUACGGUUGGCUAAAAGAGCGUUCAUCGAGUGUGUUUCACUGGUCGCCCAGGGGAGCGGGAAGCGGUUGAAGCUUGCCCGAGUGCAGUCAUUCCUUUAUCCGUUAAAGAUGUCACUUGAAGAAAAAAUGGCCAGAAUUGCUUGUGAAAUAUACGGUGCAGAUGGAAUCGAGCUUUCCAGUGACGCUCGAGAGAAACUGAAGCGUUACAAAGAUCAAGGAUUCGGUGAUCUGCCUAUAUGUAUGGCCAAAACCCACUUAUCACUGUCACACGAUCCCACACAAAAAGGAGCACCUACAAAUUUCAUACUACCGAUCCGGGAUAUCCGUGCAUCAGUCGGUGCAGGAUUUGUGACGCCGUUGGUUGGUGAGAUGAUGAUGAUGCCAGGUCUCAGCACUCGUCCAUGCUUCUUUGACAUCACCAUUGAUCCCGACACAGAACUGAUUGAUGGACUAUUUUAA